CGUGUCAUUGAAAAGCCGAGAGAAUACGGACUCCAUUUUGUGUCCUUCUCGCUGUUUUUAAGAGGCAGUAAGCAGCAAGACAAUCCCUCCGAAGAAAAAACCCCACAAAGACAUCCUACAGCCAGAAUGAGUGGCUGCCGCAUAUUUGUCGGCCGGUUAAACCCGUCCGCCAGAGAGAAGGACGUGGAGAGAUUCUUCAAAGGAUACGGCCGCAUCCGAGACAUCGACCUCAAGAGAGGCUUUGGUUUUGUGGAGUUUGAUGACCCUAGGGAUGCUGAGGAUGCAGUUUAUGAGUUGGAUGGCAAGGAGCUCUGCAAUGAGAGGGUGACCAUUGAGCAUGCUCGUGUGCGCCUGCGUGGUGGGCGGGGACGUGGUGGUGACAGAGGAGGAGGAGGGGGAGGAGGAGGAGGCCGCUUCCCAGAUCGCUAUGGCCGUGGCUCCCAGGAUAGUCGGAGGACCAACCAACCAAGUGGACAACCGGCAGAUAGGAACCCCCCGCCGAUGCGUACGGAGAACCGUCUCAUCGUGGAGAACCUGUCAUCUCGCGUCAGCUGGCAGGACCUGAAGGAUUUCAUGAGACAGGCUGGGGAAGUCACGUUUGCAGACGCCCACCGCCCCAAACUCAACGAAGGAGUGGUUGAGUUCGCUUCUUACAGUGAUCUGAAAAACGCCCUUGAGAAGCUGUCUGGCAAGGAGAUCAAUGGAAGGAAAAUCAAGCUGAUUGAGGCAGCAAAGAAGAGGGGUUCCAGGAGUCGUUCCCGCUCUGAGAGCUCUUCUCGUUCACGCUCCCGUUCUCGUAACCGUUCCCCGUCCCGCUCCAGGACCCCCCGUCGUUCCAGGUCCCACUCCCCCAAAUCCCGCUCCCCCAAGAGGGACUACAACCGCUCUCGUUCUCGUUCCCACAGCGGCUCCCCAGCCCCCCGUGCUGCUGCCCCUGGCUCCCCACCUCCCAGGGCCAAAGAGACCUCCUCCUCCUCUAAACGGCCCUCCAAGCCCAGCAAGUCUGCCUCCCCCCACUCCCCUCCCCCUGCACAGCGUGCACCUUCCAGGUCUCCUUCCAGGUCUCGUGGCUCUCGCUCUCCGUCUACGGACAGCCGCCACUGAGUAUUGAGAACACCUAACGCAGGAGUAUACACAUUUUUAAAUGAACACACACCUAGUACAUAAAUACUCACAUUCAGACAAAUGUGAACACACACUAACCCCACUGUUAUAGUAAGACGACAGGGCAGGAACUGUUUUACCCAGCGGUUCUUGCCUGUCCCUGUAUUUUCCCUCAAUGUUUCCUCCCUCCAACCCCCUCUUCUCUUCUGACAUAGCUGACCCUUGACCUACUUUUGUAUGGUGGGUGUUUUCAGUAGAAGCAAGUCUCUUGCUGUGAACACGAGGGCUUUGUUUUCAAUUUGAGCAUCAAGUUUAAAACCUUCUGGGGUUUUGUUUUGGUUAGUAUUUUUAUUUGUAAUAAUGGAUGUAAUUCUUGGUAAGGUAUUACAUUAUCUUUUUUAUCAUUCAAGGCUCGUGUGGUGACUCCCCCUCUACCGGCUUUUGGUUGUCAGCUCUGAUAUCAUGAGCUGUUGAGAAUUAAAAUCCCGUUCCAUGAUGGCUAUGAAUGUGAUUGGCUUAGGUUUUGGGUCGAACCAUUCUCAUCUCCAAUGUAGGGUUCGUGUAAAGUAACCUUUUUGGGAUUUGAUUAGUUUUAUGCUGUGAUUAUUUUAUUGAAUGCCAUUUUUUCUUUUUGGGGGGUGUAUCAGAUUGUGAUCUGUUUUUGUUUUUGUGGCGGCAGUAAAGGUGUUUUAUCCUCAGUUAAGACGCCUGGUGAAAACAUUGUGGCAGGCUGUGUUAUUAUUUAACCCGUUUUGUAUUGAAGGUUAAACAGUUGGUUAGGGUUAGAUGCACAUCGCCAUUAACCCAUUUUAUAUUGAAGGUUUAAACGGAGUGGUUGUCUGUAUCUGUACUCUGUGUUUCUAUAAAGCAUACACGUUUCCUUUCACAAUGUAUUGUAAUGAAGCGUCAACACAACCUAGAGAAUCGUUUGGAAAAUAACUAUUUUUCAUGCUAAAUUAAGUGUUUUUUUUCUCUCUCUCUCCGUGUUCAAUAUAAGGGUUGUAUUUGUACUUAAUUGAAAAAGAACAAGACACAGCAAACGACAAAUGAGAACAGUUUUAAAUAAAGCGUCCAAGACAUUUUGUAUGUCAGAACUUGAGAAUAAAGUUAAACUUCCACAAAGAGUUGUGCCGAGUAAGAUGUUCUUAGUAAUGGAUCUAGAUUAUAUAUAUUUUUAUUUUAUUUAAUCAGGUAGGCAAAUUGAGAACACGUUCUCAUUUACAAUUGCGACCUGGCCAAGAUAAAGCAAAGCAGUUCGACACAUACAACAACACAGAGUUACACAUGGAGUAAAACAAACAUACAGUCAAUAAUACAGUGAAAAAUAAGUCUACAUAUAUUUUUUGUUGAAACGUUCAGUAUUAAAACGUCACUUAUUACAAUGUUUUCUAGAGCUAGUACACACAGAUAUACUGCACUGGCUUGCCUUGAUCAUAAAUACACAUGUAGUACAGGCGGUACGUAGUUAUAAUUAUUUCCUUCCAGAAAUUUGUCAUACGGUAAUCAAUUGGUGCAAUCACUCCACCUUUUCAAAAUGGCCGUGGCCUCACCGUCAAUGCAGACUCCGAUUGUAAAUGCAGUUACUGAGUGUUUUCAAGUCGACUACAUCAGACUGAUGUGAUUGUUUCUGGAUGCUCAGAGAGAAAUACUGAUCAUUCAGAGUGUAAAUUCCGGAACAUUCUGUGACUGUUAGGGAUCCCUGUUAGUACAUGCCGAUGCAGCAGCUACUCUGCCUGGGGUACAAAAACAUUAAGGCACUUACAUGAUAAAACAGUACAUCAUAGCUACAUUCUGCAUCGUACAUAUGUGGUGUAUAAUACCACCAUACAACAGUAUUACAAUGUUUGUGUGCAUAUGCAUGUGUCUGUACCUUUGUGUGUGUCCACAGUCCACGCUGUUCUAUAAGGUGUAUUUUUACCUGUUUUUAAAUCUGAUUUUACUGCUUGCAUCAGUUACCUGAUGUGGAAUAGACUUCCAUGUAGUCAUGGUUCUAUGUAGUUCUGUGCGCCUCCCAUAGUCUGUUCUGGACUUGGACUGUGAAGAGACCUCUUGUGGCCUGUCUUGUGGGGUAUGCAUGGGUGUCAGAGCUGUGUGCCAGUAGUUUAGACAGACAACUUCUAACCUUGAUUUUCAUUCUGAUACCAUAUCUACAGUCUUUCACCUUUUAAUGUGUAUAGUGUUACUUACUAGGUGUUGUCCAAUGAAUUUCUGUAACCAUUCCCUCUUCAAAUCAGGGUUGAUUGGAAAAAGCUGUUCAAAAGAGGAUAAUGCAUAUCUUUGUACUCCCCGACGAAGGCCAUGCAGCCGAAUUGUGUUAAGUUUUUCAUCUUUGUUUCCACUGAACAUGCCAUUCAAAUAAAGGCAUUUUAAUUAAUUAUAUGAAUAAACCUUGGAAACCUUGGA